UGCACAACGACGCUAUGACGAGCCCUCGAAGAAGUCAGCUGAUGACGUCACCACUGAACCAGGAAGUGCCAACGACAGUAAUCUAACCAAAACAAAUUAAGGCGAGAUCGCAGCUAAAUAAUAAUUGUCAUUUUAUCACCAAGAAACCAAUACGUCUCGACAUGGAUGCCUUUUUGCAUCGCCUCCAUUCAAUUCUCUACAAACCCUCCUUGAAAUGGAAAAGAUUCAAUCUUAGACAAACACUUUUCCAAUUAAAGUUUACCUCCAAGCAACUGGAGAGACUGGCCAAAAAGGCCGAGAAAGAAUCUGAGAAGGAGCAGGCCAAAGUCAAGAAGGCUCUGCAACAGAAAAAUGUGGAAGUUGCCCGAGUGUAUGCAGAGAAUGCAAUCAGGAAAAAGAAUGAAGGUCUGAACUGGCUGCGUAUGGCGUCUCGUGUCGAUGCGGUGGCUUCUAAAGUGCAGACGGCUGUCACCAUGAAAUCAGUGACUAAAAACAUGAGCCAGGUGACCAAGGCCCUGGACAAAGCUCUUCACUCUAUGGACCUCCAAAAGGUCUCUGUUGUCAUGGAUAAGUUUGAAAGCCAAGUCCAGAACCUGGACGUCCACACCUCGGUGAUGGAGGACUCCAUGAGCUCAGCAAUGACGCUGACCACGCCGCAGGAACAGGUGGAUGACUUGAUCCACCAGAUAGCAGAGCAGAACGGUCUGGAGGUGAUGGACCAGCUGGACAAGUUGCCCGCAGGAGCCACCUCAGUGGGUGCAGAGAGUUCCCGCGCCCAGGAGAAGGAAGACCAGCUUUCUAGACGGUUGGCCGCCCUGCGGAACUGAGAGGCAACAAACAAGACCAGCUUCUGGUGGUGGAAGAACUUUCUGUAUUUGUACUCAACCCUUCCUCACACACACACACACACACACACGCAAGGUCACCUGAGUUUACCUAUAAACCUCAGGUGUAUCCUCCUCCUUCGUUUCUGUAUGUCAUUUAAUCCUCCAUAUUGUUCCUUCUUUUCUAUACAAAAGGUUUUGUGCUCGCAACAUCCAAACUUGUUUUUCAACUCCUUUACAACAGCGUGAGUGUCCAAAGCGUGGAGAUGCACUUAAUGAGCUGAGCACGUCAAGGCUGGAAAGGUUUUUAAAGGGCGUGGUAAGAUGCUCUCCAGCCUUCACUCAAUAAUACACUUACUUGGUCAGCCAUAACCCAAACUAGUUAGCAUGUCCACAUGUGUUGCGUUUGGACACCACCCACUGGAGUUACUGCAUGUAAAUCUUGAUGAUAAAGGACAAGUUAUUAAUAUUGAUGCUGCACAAUCCUCGCUUAGAACACUCAGUUUUUUGACCAACAUUUACGCCUUCAUCCGUACUCGGAAUGCCUUUUAUUGGGCGACGCUCGCUCUUCUCCUGACAGUGCCUGAAGGAAAAGUGAUGAUGCUAAAACACACGUGAUGAUGCUAAAACACACGUGAUGAUGCGAAAAUACACACGUGAUGAAGCUAUGUGCUUCUUUCGGACAAAUUCUUAUUCAAAGUGUGUUGUAUGACAUCCCACAGGUCUAGCUUUUAUUUUCUAGAUGUGUAUAGAGCCUAAAUGCUGUCUUUAAGAGCAGCACAUAUUGAAAGACAUCAAAAGGAUUUACAAUACGCACAUUUUUCUUGUUGUUUGAACUACUGAGUCAUUUAAAAGCUUAUUUUCUUCUCUGGAGAAGCCAGGCCUUGACUUUCUUGUGCUUCAUUCAAAGCAAGGGAAAGUUUUUGCCCCUGACUGUUUACGCUGACAUCAGGACUUUGCUGCACUUUUAAUGAUGUUUUGGAAAUAAAACAUGAUCUUCAAACCUC